AGGAGGAAACCCUAGCCUAUGCGGUCGGCUGGCUUAUAUGGUCUCUCCGUCGAUUCUGAUUGCUCUCUUUUCCGCGCGCAUUCUGUUGGCCUUCGCCUCUCGCAUCGGCGUCAGCCCGCAACCUUGAGUCUUUCACCAUGGGGCGUAUGCACAGUUCCGGGAAGGGUAUGUCCUCAUCGGCUUUGCCGUACAAGAGGAGCCCGCCAUCGUGGUUGAAGAUCACCACCGCCGAGGUUGAAGAGCAUAUCUGCAAGCUCGCCAAGAAGGGUCUGACCCCUUCUCAGAUUGGUGUGAUCCUGAGGGAUUCACACGGUAUUGCCCAGGUUAACAGCGUGACUGGAAGCAAGGUUCUCCGUAUUCUGAAGGGACAUGGUUUGGGUCCCGAGAUCCCCGAGGACUUGUACCACUUGAUCAAGAAGGCUGUCGCUGUGCGCAAGCACUUGGAGAGGAACCGCAAGGACAAGGACUCUAAGUUCCGAUUGAUUUUGAUCGAGAGCCGUGUCCACAGGCUAGCUCGCUACUACAAGCGCACCAAGAAGCUCCCCCCUACCUGGAAGUACGAAUCCGCCACUGCUAGCACUCUCGUCGCUUAAGUGGAGAGAAAUUCCAAGAUUUGGCAUUUGCAAUAGAUUUUGGAUAGAAAAUUUUCCGAAGCUGUACUCAGGGGGUUAUGUUUUCAUUGAAAUAGCAAAAUACGUUGAAGCUACUAUCUUGCAACUGGAAGUGGUUUUGUCUUCAAGGAGACGGCCAGCCUCAGUCUCGUUUUGUACUAAAAUGGUUACACUGAA